UUUUAUAUUAUUUUUGAACUACAAUCUUAUCAACUUUCCAAUCCAUUUAUUAUUUUCUUUUCAAUACCAUGAACUUGUCAAACAUCCCACACGUUGAUCCUUAACACAUUUUAAUUAUUUUUGGGUUUGAAGUUCGCUUUCUCGUUACCUGUUUGAUUUUCUUAUCUGGUGCUUUGAAUAGCUACAAGUUGUGGAGCUCAUGAAUGUGACGGUUUUUGUUUGUAUUUUCAACUUGGGUUUUUUAUGCGGUUGAUGUUUUCAUUAGUCGGCAAUCUUCUUUCAAUCUUUUCUCUUUGAUUAAUUACUGUGUCAGGUGACGUUUUCAGGUCACCCUUUUUGUUUAUUCAUUUGUUCGUUGGGUGUUUCUCAAAUUGCUCCAUCGGUGAAGUAACAACCCAGCUCUCAACUUUUUUUAUCACAGUAUUUGCCAUUUCCACUGCAAUCUUUGUCCUCCAUUGGAGAUUCUUUCAUGGAUAAUCCUGGGAAUUUUGGUUUCAUUAUUUGGAUUUCAUCCAUCUAUGGUUUACUUCAUCUUUCACUAGGAUUCAACCCUGUAGAUAACUAUUUGAUAGACUGUGGAUCCAUUAAGAACAUAUCAGUGGGUGAUAGAGUAUUUCAAGCUGAUAAUUCCACUCCAUCAUAUAAUCUUUCAACCCCACAUCAGAUUUUCGCAAUUUCGAGUUCGAAUUCGAAUCCAACCUCACUUUACUAUGAUUCACCUCUGUAUCAAACGGCUAGAAUCUUCAACGCAACUUCCCAUUACAGUUUUCCAAUCAAACAACAAGGGAGGCACUGGAUUCGGCUUCAUUUCUUUGCUUACGUAUUCGAAAAGUUCGAUAUGAGCAAGGCGAAAUUCUCUGUUUUCGCGCAAAACUUUACACUUCUCAGAGCUCAAAUGGGGGAUGGAUAUAUUGUUAAGGAGUAUAGCCUGAACAUUACUUCUAAUAAACUGAUUCUUACUUUUAGACCUGCUGUCAAUUCAUUUGCUUUUAUCAAUGGCUUGGAAGUUUUCUCAGUUCCGGAUAAUCUCUUUCCGGAAGAGGUCAGAACAAUUGAUCUGCAAGGUGGUAACAAGAGUCUACAGGAGCAAGCACUGGAGACGGUUGCAAGGGUCGAUAUGGGGAACACGACUGUUCUUCCUCAAAACGAUACCUUAUGGCGACUUUGGAUCUCGGACAAUGCGUAUCUGAUACACAAUAAUCUUGGAUCAUCGGUGUCAAAUGUCUCAGCUGUGAAUUUUACUGAAGUGACUGAGGAUAUUGCUCCUGCAUCGGUAUAUGGCACUGCAACUAUUUUGAACUCGAGUGAUCCAAAUCUGAAUGCAAACUUGACAUGGACCUUUGAUGUUAACCCGGGUUUCGAUUAUCUUGUCCGGCUUCACUUUUGUAACAUAAUGAAUGAACCCACUCAGCAAGCCAUCUUUCUUGAAAUCUUUAUUGAUUCACGUCAUGCAGGUCACCUUGAUCUUGGUUCAAGGACAUCGGAUGUUUUCGGUGCCCCAUAUUUCAUGGAUGUCUGCACACGAGUAUCCGGUAGUACUAAGCUUAAUGUAAGUGUUGGUCCGUCUAAGCUCAAUAACCCUACGGUCAUCCUCAAUGGUUUGGAGAUCAUGAAGAUAAACGAUGCUAGGGGGAAUCUUGAUGUUCCCGAUGUUGUUUCCUCGGGACAUUCUGAGAUAAAAGUUGUAGUUAUAGUUGUCAUUGCUGUUGGAUCGUUUGUCGUUGUUGUUUCGGUUGUGAUUGUCAUCCUUUUCUUCUUCAGAAGAAGAAUGAAGCCAGUUCUGGGGAAAGAACAGCACUUUCUGAUGAAUCGGGGACAAAAAGUUCAUACUACUGGAAGUACAUACUCUAAUGGAACUUCCAUACUUUCCAGCCCAAUGAUUGGCUAUCGAUAUCCUUUCGUGGCAAUUCUCGAGGCUACUGAUAAUUUCAGUGAAAAUUUGGUAAUCGGUGUUGGUGGUUUCGGUAAGGUUUAUAGAGGAAUAUUGAAAGAUGAAACCGAGGUUGCAGUCAAGAGGGGAACUCCUCAAUCAAACCAAGGGCUUGCAGAAUUCCGGACGGAGAUCGAAAUGUUAUCUCAAUUCCGACAUCGGCAUUUAGUAUCACUGAUCGGUUACUGCGAUGAACAAGAUGAGAUGAUCAUAAUUUAUGAGUACAUGGAGAAUGGGACACUCAAGAAUCAUCUAUAUGGCUCAAAUCUUCCUAGUUUGAGUUGGAGACAAAGGCUUGAGAUAUGCAUUGGAUCAGCUAAAGGGCUUCACUAUCUUCAUACAGGUUCAGCUAAGGCUAUCAUACACCGCGAUGUCAAGUCUGCAAACAUAUUACUCGAUAAGCAUUUCAUGGCUAAAGUUGCUGAUUUCGGACUUUCAAAGACCGGUCCUGAUAUUGAUCAGACACAUGUGAGUACCGCGGUCAAAGGAAGCUUCGGGUAUCUUGAUCCAGAGUAUUUGACAAGGCAGCAACUAACAGAGAAAUCAGAUGUGUACUCCUUUGGUGUUGUCUUGCUUGAAGUCCUUUCGGGAAGGGCUGUUAUUGAUCCAUCACUUCCCAGAGAAAAGGCAAAUUUGCUCGAGUGGGCGAUGAAAUCAUACCGAAGUGGGAAACUGGAAGAUAUUGUGGAUCCUUGCCUUGUUGGUCAAGUAAAACCAGAUUGUUUAAGGAAGCUUUGGGAUAUUAUUGAGAAAUGCUUGGCAGAAAAUGGGAUUUGCAGGCCUUCAAUGGGAGAGGUCCUAUGGAACUUGGAAUACGCACUUCAACAACAAGAGAAUGAAGAAAGAUCCAAUCAAAACAAUGAACAUUCUUCACAUAUCAGCUGUAUUAGUACCUCAGAAACGAGUCAGCAAUUCAGCCGAGCCAGUAGCGGCGUCAACGAUGAUGAACUUGCUGGAAUUUCAAUGAGUAAAAUGUUUGCUGAAAUGGUGAGACAGGAAAGACCUGUAAGAAACAUCUGAAUUCAAUAUUUAUAUGAAAUCGAAGCUCAAUUCAGCUUAUUUAUAUCAUUCUAUAAAUCUUUAUAUCGAACUGUACGCAAAAGAUUUGAUAUUUGUAUAGAAUAGUUAUUUAGUUUAUUCAUGUUUAAUUUUUCUGCUU